UUACUAUAUCGCGCCACACGCGCGUCGUGAUCUGCGUACGCGCGCGUGAAACAUACACGCGCACCAUAUUACAUAUUUAUAUGCAUACACGGUGACCCGCGCGCGGAGAUAAUACAGUGUAAAUGGCGCUCUCGGCGCAGAACCAGUCGACGUCGUACGUGAACUUGUAUUAUUCGAUCGUCCAGCGUGCGGCGACGCGCUACUUUAAGGAAUAUUACAAUUCCGAUACUGGCGCGCCCUACGUAUUGUACAAAGAUAACAUGGAGAGACCCCAGGGUCAGUGGGGCCCGGGGCCGGGAUCUCUCCAGGACGGUGGACUGUACCCACAGCAGCAACAACAGCAGCAGCAGCAACAGGGUUCCUCCUCGUCGGGAAGCCCACAGCAGGCCUGUGGACCUCCAGUCGAGGGCGGUGAAAGCGGUCCCCCGCCCUCGUUAGCCUCGCCCGUGCCCUCACCAUAUCCCUCGGCGCCUCCCGAGCCUCAAUCCUUGACUCCGCCGGACGAUGACAUACAAUCGAGUCAAGCCACGUCCCAGCAGCAGCAGCAGCAGCAACAACAGCAACAACAAACGCAGCAGCAGGUCCAGCAACAGCAGCAGCAGCAGCAACAACAACAACAACAACAACAGCAACAGCAAGUUCAACAACAACCUCAGCAACAACAACAAACGCAACAGCAAGAUCACUCGCCGCAACAACAAUUGACUCCUCACGCAGAUGUGGAUCGCAGCGACUGCUUUCCCGGCGCCGGAGAGUUGCAGCAAUAUCCGCAGCAUUAUUUCAAAGAGGCCCGGCCGCACCCCUCACCGUCCGUGCCGCCACAUAUGCUCACGCCCGGCGGCUUCUCCGCGCUGCACUAUCUCAAGCAACCUGGAGUAAUGCUGACGUCUCUCGGUCAAGGCGACGGCGGGCCCGGUCUGGACGCGCAUCAAUACGCGAGUCCGGGCGCGCCGAAUAUGGCAACCGGGCUGCCUGACAUCGUGCAGCAGAGCGGCAAAUCGUCCAAGGCCGGCAACAGCGAUCUACGUCUGUUCAAGUGCUUGACCUGCGGCAAAGACUUUAAGCAGAAGUCGACUCUGCUGCAGCACGAGCGGAUUCACACAGACAGCCGGCCGUACGGGUGUCCAGAGUGCGGCAAGCGGUUCCGUCAACAAUCUCAUCUCACGCAGCAUCUGCGCAUACAUGCUAACGAGAAGCCGUACGCUUGUGUAUACUGCGAACGUACGUUCCGGCAGCGUGCCAUCCUCAACCAGCAUCUGCGCAUCCACUCGGGUGAGAAGCCAUACCAAUGUCCGGAGUGCGGAAAACACUUCCGUCAGAAGGCGAUCCUGAAUCAGCACGUCCGCACACACCAAGACGUAAGUCCGCACCUCAUCUUCAAGAACGGAAUGACGCCAACCCUCUGGCCACAGGAUGUUCCCUUUCCUCCCGAAGAGGGUAAAGAGGAGGUGGCGUCGACAUUCGGCGACACGGACACGCAGUCGGGCGCGUUCAGUCCGGCGCCGGACGCCAACUCCAUCCAGUAUCCGGCAUACUUCAAAGACCCAAAGGGCGGCAAUCACGCGGUCUUUGGCGCGGGUGGUUCGAGCAGCUUCGGUGCCUUGCAGUACAUCAAGCAGCAGGGUGGCACGAAGAGCUGUCUACCCGAUGUGAUACAGCACGGCCGCUCGGCUGGCAUGCCGUUGUACGUGCGUUGUCCGAUCUGUCAAAAAGAGUUUAAGCAGAAGUCCACGCUGCUGCAACACGGAUGCAUACACAUCGAGUCGCGGCCGUAUCCUUGCCCGGAGUGCGGCAAGCGGUUCCGACAACAGUCCCACCUUACGCAGCAUCUGCGCAUCCACACGAACGAGAAGCCGUACGGCUGCGUGUACUGUGGACGUAACUUCCGCCAGCGCACGAUCCUCAAUCAGCAUCUGCGUAUCCAUACCGGUGAGAAGCCUUACAAGUGCCAGCAGUGCGGCAAGGAUUUCCGUCAAAAGGCGAUCCUGGACCAGCACACGCGCACUCACCAGGGCGACCGACCGUUCUGUUGUCCGAUGCCCAACUGCAGGCGGCGCUUCGCCACCGAGCCCGAGGUGAAGAAGCACAUCGACAACCACAUGAACCCGCACGCGGCUAAAGUGCGCCGGAACUCGAGCAGUGACACGAAGCCGCCCGGUACGCCCGCGGGCUUGGGUCCGGUACCGGUGCCGCGCGGCCUCACGCCGACGGUCGUCAAGCCGGAGCUCUAUUUUCCGCAGUGCUACGCGCCCGCGUUCAACCAUCAGCCGCCGGUCUCCACCGCGCAAUUCCCUGGCGCCCAGGCGAAUGGCGUGUCCGUAACCGGCGAGUUCAAGCCACCGACCGGUCUGCCGCCGCAGUGACUAACCGUCCAUCCUGCCGCCUACUAGCAAGCAGGAAUCCCCGCGCUGAGGUUUCAGCGCUGUUUCGGUCCCGCCGGGUUGGAAGCCGACGCAACGUCGAACGCCAUCGCCGUCGCCGCCGCCGCGUCUCGAUGCGGCCAGCAGCCGAUCCAGCAACACUACCCGUGACAUUUAUCAUUGUGCAUUUACUAGAGUCUCCUUUAUUUUCGUCGUUUCACAACUCGCUCGCUCUUCUUGUUCCAUCGCUGCUUAGCAGAACCUCGGAACACACCCAGCUAGUCUUGAACUCGACGGUGAGAACGGUGUCGUCGCGCAUAUACCACAUAACGCGAAUAUCCGAGAAACAUCGCGAAAACGUGCACUACCCGGUCGCUACGUCUCUGAUUGACUGUCGGAUAAAAUUAUCUUCGAAAGAUAACCGCUUUUCUAUCCCUCUCUGAAUCGUAGCGCACCGGCUGUGAUGUAAAUAGAGAGAUAUAAAUUUCGAUGAUCGUUCGGGUACUUGUUUGACACGUGUCUUGGAUUUUCGCGUUGUUUAAGAAGCAGGAAGAUAUGCGACCGGGUCUCUCCUGUGACAUUCGUCGAAUAUGCUGUCACAUUUGGUGAAUGACGUCGCGGAAAGACGACAAUCCCAGUUAGAAUUGUCGCUACCGAGUAGCAAACGACGAUUCGAUUAUACUUGCUCAGGUAUUAGUCGAUGACACUUCAACUCAUAAUAAGUUCGUGACAUACAUUUUCUUCUUUAUUUUAUGAUGUACGGUACGCGAUCGCGACGCAACGUUUAUUACUUCCUCGCGACCGUCCGUUAUUUUUCGCUUUUCGUUAAAUUAAAUCGGUUCUUGAAGAAUCCCAAAUCAAUGCUUCGUUAUUGUUGACGCACACCGAUGAGUCUAGUUAAUUCGCUAGCACAUGGAAAUACCGAUUCUCGCUGCGAUCUACAUCUCCAGUCGUCGAUCUCGCACGAAGGACAAGUGACGUGAGGGGGACACAGAAAAGCUCGGAAAAGCGGCCGCCGCUCACCGUCGAGUUUCUCGCUAGCCAGACCAAGGUAAAGUAAUCAACGAAGAGUCUCGUCUAUUCCUCCGUACGUAUUUUUUAUAAUUAAUCGAUUACGACGUACCUUCUCGCGUUUCUUUCGUGGACAAGCGAAUAGCACGAGAGUUCGGGGCUUAUCCCGCGAGACGUAGGCGAAUUCAAAGAGAUUGACAAAGAGAGUUGUCGCGAAUCCCUCUGAAUCCGCCUAUCUUCUCCUCGCGGGAUGCGAGGUGCACGCGCCGCCCGGGGCGCUACCGCUCACCGUUCAAAAUGCCACGUAUCGCCAAACGGGUUGAAGAUGUUCGAUUUCGACCAGACUAAAACGAUUGUGAUACAAUAUUUAACUUGCCUAUGUUUUAAAAGUUUCGCGGGAGAGAAAGAGAAAAAGAAAGAGUGAGUGAGCGAGUAAGUGAGAGUGAGAACGAGAUAUAUAAUAUACAUAUUAUAUAUAUAGAGAAAGAUAUGUUGUGCUUCUUGAGAGGAGCGCUUACACGACCACGAGAAGAAUACCUGUAAAUAUGUAAAGUCGUUCACUUCAAACAAAAGAAGAAGGGGAGGAGGAAGAACGAGGAGGAAAACAAACGACGGAGAAAGGUGAAGUAUGCGAGCGCGUGCGAAUGAGACUGGGUGUGAAUGAGUCGAAAAAAUAAAAAGUAUGACGUGAGUGAGAUGGUAGGAGAAAAGACGACAUAGGGGGUUGGGACGGGAUGGCGGGGGAGGGGAGAUAUGACGAGCCAGAAAGGAGAAAGAUACGAGAGAUUAUAGGUAGAAUUUACGAGAACGACGCAUCCUCCCACUGUGCUGAGCCAUAGCUUUCGGUAGAUCGAGUCGUGAACGACGACGAAGAUGAUCCGCGAUAGUACGAAUAGGUGAAGAAACGGAAGAAGGGAGGGGAGGAUGCGAUUCUUGUAUACUAUAGUAAUAUUUGAAUGUAUAUUUAUACAGGUUAUAUUAUAUUCUAACUAUAUGACGAUAUUUUGAAUCGGUUUUAAAAUCAGAUUGGUGCUGAUAAAAGAAAACUAGGUAAGCGAGUACACGAAAAACAAGAGGAGGGAACGUGGAAGAAGGCUGAGACACAGUAGAAGUUAGCAUUUAAGUAGCGUAGACGAUAGCGUAGCUCAAAGUAAAGAAAAGACUUUGAAGGACCGCGCUCGCACGGGGUCCGCUCACAUCUCGAAGAAUUAUCAUCAUCACUCUUUAAAGAAAAGAGGGGCGAAAAAAGGAAAGGAAAAGAAAAAGAAAAACAAUUCGUGGCAAUACUUAAAUGAAGAGCAAAAAUGAAAGAGGAGAGGGGGAAGAAGGCUUCGACGUAUUAGAAAAUAAUCUUUUAAAAUUUCUAUAUUAAGACGUGUGUGAUCUCUCUAAUUAUUGUACAUUACGUAAUGAGUCUAAAACCUAGACGACGAGAUGCGUUAGUAUAAUUACGAUUACGUACGUAUUAGGUGUUCUACAGUUAGUCUUUUGUCAUUUAGAGACACAGAGAUCUGAAGAUGAUAAUUGCGCGGCCAUAUUCUCUGUGGCCUGUUCGUAGUGCCUCGGAAUUGCUGCUCGCGGCAGUGAUUUGAUCGUAUUUUUAGGAAGGUAUAUUAUACUAUAUUGAGGAACCGCAAUUAUAUUAUACUCUCCAAUAUACAAUAUUGAAAAUAAAGAAAAGGAAAGGGUUGGGAGGGGGGGGGAAAUCGCGUCGUGAGGCGUCGCGUUAAUAAAACGACUCAUUAAAUUAUUAUGACGAAAGAAAAUCUACUUAUAUAUAUCGCGAGGAUGAAAUGACGACGACGAUAUAAUCGUGGUGGUUGUUCACUGUUGUUUUUGUUGUUCUUAUUAUUUUUACUUUCCUUUCUCUCGUUCAUUACGUAAAACGCGAAAAUAUGAAGAAAAAGAUGGCGAAUAGGAAAAUAUUGAACGCCGGGAAUGGCGGGGUCUCUUCCGGUAGCCGUUCGUAAUAUUUAUGAGUAUUAUUAUUAACGUUGAGAUAAUUUUAACACUUACCUACGUGCCCUUUUUAGGAUAUCUCUUUAUCGUUCUUGCGGCAAAAAGAAGGAAAGCGCAAGCAUGGCAAACUUGCUUAGACAUUAACGCUCAUUUAACUUGGGUGAUACUCGAAACAUCGAUCCGUAUGCCUUCGUAUGUACACAUGCGUCUGCAACAAAAAUAUUCUUCUUACGUUCCGCAGAAACUUUUUGUAAUAGCAUUUUGGAUACGGUAAACAGUAAGGUCGUAUAAUCAAGCGCAGUGAACGAUAACGUGAAAUUGAGAUGAAAAUCAUAAGUAACAAAAUGGAGCAACUACACAAUUCAUGAGGUCUACUUUAAAUACGAAGUCGCAUUUAAAGAAACACUUGCAGAUUAUGGACUACUUCUUUCUUGCUCUAUACGAGCUCUUUAAUCGCCAUAAUAAUUGUUUUACAUAUUAAUGUUGAACUUUAGCGUUUACUGUAUUUAAAAUAUCGUUAAAGCUCAAUAUUCAUUAAAAAUUACAGCAGUCAUUUACGCAUAGACAUCGAAAGCUCAGCAUACGUUUCUCUAGAACUUUGAGAACUUUGGUUCGUUCUCGUCGACAAAAAUAUAAUUGAAAGAAAAAUAGCUGUUUAAUUUUUUCUAUUUUUUUUUAUUGCUAUAAACUUGACACUGAACGCGCUAUAAUCGUUUCUCAAUUGGAGAUUUAUCUCGAUAAUUUAUUUUUGCUGUAAACAUCUGGUCUUAUUUACAUAUUUCGCUCGUUAUCAAAGACAGAAUAUUUUUAUUGAUCGGAUAAAUGUCAAUGUCCAGGAUAUGUUCCUCGUCUUUCACGAAUAACAUAUUACAGUGAUUUACAUUAUUAUAAAAACCAGUAGAGAUCUGAAUAAAAACUGGAACUAUUUUACAGAUAACACAAUCAUAAAACACAUUUUUUAAAUUACAUUAUCUUCUUUUUUUUAUUUCCCGGGACAACUAAUGUUUUACUUCUUAAAAGUCUUUAAUCGUAUCUAUUUCGUAUACAUUUUGGCCGUAAAUUAAUUAAAGUUAAUCUAUUUUUCAUACUUUAUCUCUCUAGGAGACAGAAAAAAUUGAAAACAACUUAUAGCUUAAUUAACGAGUGCGCAGCACUGCAAUAAUGCUCGCGAUAAAAUUUACAACGUAAAUUAAAAAUUUUAAAUUAAAUGAAUAAAAUAAAAUAAUUUUUGCUCAAAACUUUCUAUAAUUUGUAAUACGUUGUAAUUAGUAGCCGGUUCUUGUACGCCCUUCUCCUUCGGUCCAAUUUAUGUCAAAUUGGAGAUCUCAACGACGGUCUCGUACAAUUCGAUCGGUAAAACUCGCCGCGGGGAACAUUGCGCGCAAACCGUGCGGUAAUGCUGAAAGAACAGCGCGCGAGGUAGGGAGUUUUUCUCGAAAAAGUAGAGACACCGCAAUAAAAGGGAAAAGAAGCAUGUUGACAACAUUUCGAACUUAUUCAUGUGCACGGCCGAUUGUACUUUAAAGGAAUCCGUGAUAACGAAAAUAACUGAUUAUACAAAGAUACACAUACACGUAAACAUAUUAACAUAACAGGUCAAGCUUAGAGGAAAAAAAAGAGGGGAAGAGGGAGAGACACGCGCACACACGUUUCCCGACGUGAUCUUUUUUCUCUCUAACGAGUUAAAACAUUAUAUAUCGAGAAGCGAAUUGGGUUUCAUCGCGAUUGAGAAUCGCGUAAACCGAAAAAUGCGAAAUACGAAAAAGAAAAUAAUAACUGUUGUAGACAAUGUGUAGAUAAAAAUAGAUAUUUGUUUUCUUUAUAUUAU